AUGUCUAGUAAGACGAUGACAGAUGAUUUACCACACAAAGAAGAGGCUCGGAAUAAUGGAGUGGAUUUAGACCAGAUGCUGAUCGAUGAAAUCGGUCAGUUUGGCCUCUAUCAAUUCAUCACAUUGGCAUUAAUGUUCUUUCCUGCAAUAUUCGCGGCUUUUUGUAAUGGUGAAUACAUUUUCUCAACAGCCAGGAUCCCGACCAGAUGUCGAAUUCCUCAAUGCGAUGGCAUGGAUGCACAUCCCGAGUUUCGCCCGGAAUGGAUUCUAAAUGCAAUCCCUGGUAUAAGCCAAGAUUCUUUCGAAGAUUGCUCGAGAUAUGCAGACAGCGAUAAUUAUGAACCAGCUAACGAGACUUGUCCAGCCUCAUGGUUUAAUGCUACUACGACAAAUUGCGAAAAGUAUGUUUACGAAAAUACAUACAGCAUUGUUUACGAUUUUGACUUGGCAUGCAAAGAAUGGCGACGUUCACAGAUUGGGUCGAUCAGUUCAAUGGGUAAACUUUUGGGAAUACCUGCUACUGGAUACAUCUCAGACCAAUGGGGCCGACGAAUUGCACUCGUUAUUGGUAUUUUUAGCGUCGGCGUAGUUGGUUUGGCGCGCUCCUUUGCAACUAGUUAUGAGUGGUUUGUGGCUUUGGAAGUAUUAGAGGCCAUUGUGGGUUCAGGUGUAUUUUCAGCAUGCUACGUUUUAGUAAUGGAACUUGUCGGUCCCAAAUAUAGAGUAGUAACAGGAGCCACUAUGUCUUCACUUUUUGCUUUAGGACAGGCAAUUCUGGGCUUGAUAGCAUGGUAUACACAAUCAUGGCGUACACUCGCAUUAGUAUUGUAUAUACCCCAAUUUUUUAUAAUAAUUUACUUUUGGAUACUAUCAGAAUCUUUCCGGUGGCUAAUAAGCAAAGGCCGCUGUGACGAAGCAGAAACAAUUCUUAAAAAAGCAUCCAACAUGAAUAAGAAACAUCUAUCAGAAAAGUCUAUAAAGAUAAUACAAGCUACUGCAGGAGUGAAAAGAAAUGUACAGGAAUCAAAAGAAACGUGGCUACCGAUUCUUGUGAUAAAUUCUCGUACGAUGCUAAUACGUUGUAUCGUAUUACCGAUAAUAUGGGCUGCAUUGACUACGAUCUACUAUGGGUUAUCUGUUAAUUCUGUUAAUAUGACUGGCAAUCAGUACUUGAACUAUGUCUUCGUAUCAAUAAUAGAAAUACCGGGAUACUGGACAGCGAUCUUAUUGUUAAAUCGUAUUGGAAGAAAAGCAAUGUUGAUAAGUGGAUACUGGUCAUGCUCUGCAUGCCAAUUUACUCUUGCAUUUAUGCCUAAUGGUAUGGAGAAUGUGUCACUGGUCAUUUAUUUAAUUGGAAAGUAUAGCAUCUCUAUAGUAAUGACUUCACUUUAUAUAUACGCUGCAGAAUUAUUUCCUACCAAGUAUAGGCAUAGAUUGCUGGCCUUCAGCGUUACAGUCGGAAGAUUGGGGACUAUCAUGGCACCUCUUACACCAGCACUUGCUUCGGAGAUCUGGGAAUCGUUGCCGUCUGUGCUAUUUGGCACCUUUGCAUUGAUAUCAGGUUUCCUCGUGUUUACAACACCGGAGACACUCGGCACUAAGUUACCAGACACAAUGGAAGAAGCAGAACAAAUCGAAUCUAGAAAGAUUAAGCUGUGAUACAAAUUUUGUUUAAAUGUACUCUUUAUUUAACCAUUUUUACCGAUGGUACUUACCCGAUGGUAAGUGGUAACCAUCGUAAAUAUAAAUAUACAGAAACAUCGUGUUAUAAUGUGUCACCCAUUAUACCACUAAUAAGUUGCUAUUCUAGAGGACCAAGAUGUCAUGUUCUUAUACGUAAUUUCAGAUACAUAUCAGAAUUAAAUAUUGUCAAUGCAUGUAACAUUCUUAGAGUUCCUAAGCACGAAAGUUCUGGAUAAGUAAGUUGAUUGUAAAAAAAAUGUCUGAUUUCACAAAUAUAGGAGUUAAGUGAAAAUAUCA